AACUUAACCACUAGGCUACUGGGGUGGUCCAUAAAUUGAUAUCUUUUUAAAAGUUUUGCUUUCGAAAGAAAGUAAGUAACAAGGAAAGUUUUGAUUUGAAGAGAUGAGCAACAGGGAGGAGAAGCAUAGUUUUGGCCCAGAGGAGACUCGGCUCCCUUGAAAGUAGAACUAAAUUCCUGAAGACAAUUUAUUCUUCAAAAAUCCUGGGACUCUCUACUUCUGCUAAAAUGUCUUCGAAAUUCAAAAAUGCAAAACGAAUAGAAGGCCUUGAUAGUAAUGUGUGGAUUGAGUUUACCAAGUUGGCUGCAGACCCCUCUGUUGUGAAUCUUGGCCAAGGCCUUCCAGAUAUAUCCCUUCCUAUGUACAUAAAGGAAGAAUUGUCAAAGAUUGCAACAACGGAUAGCCUGAAUCAGUACACCCGGGGCUUUGGUCAUCCAUCACUUGUGAAAGCUCUGUCCUGCCUUUAUGAAAAACUUUAUCAAAAUCAAAUCAAUCCAGAUAAAGAAAUCCUUGUGACAGUAGGAGCAUAUGGAUCUCUUUUUAAUGCCAUACACGGAUUAAUUGAUGAGGGAGAUGAAGUCAUAAUAAUAGUGCCUUUCUAUGACUGCUAUGAGCCCAUGGUGAGAAUGGCUGGAGCAACUCCUGUUUUUGUUCCUCUGAGAUCUAAACCUGUUGAUGGGAGAAAAUGGUCUAGUUCUGACUGGACAUUAGAUCCUCAAGAAUUGGCAAGUAAAUUUAACUCCAAAACCAAAGCCAUUAUACUAAAUACCCCACAUAACCCCUUAGGCAAGGUGUAUACCAGAGAGGAGCUCCAAGUAAUCGCUGACCUUUGCAUCAAAUAUGACACGCUCUGCAUCAGUGAUGAGGUUUAUGAAUGGCUUGUAUAUGCUGGAAAUAAGCAUUUAAAAAUAGCCACUUUUCCUGGUAUGUGGGAGAGAACAAUAACAAUAGGAAGUGCUGGAAAGACUUUCAGUGUAACUGGCUGGAAGCUUGGCUGGUCCAUUGGUCCUGAUCAUUUGAUAAAACACUUACAGACAGUUCAGCAAAACACUGUUUAUACUUGUGCAACUCCUUUGCAGGAAGCCUUGGCUCACGCUUUUUGGAUUGACAUCAAGCGCAUGGAUGACCCAGAGUGUUACUUUAAUUCUUUGCCAAAAGAGUUAGAAUUGAAAAGAGAUCGGAUGGUACAUUUACUUGAAAGUAUUGGCCUAAAACCCAUAGUUCCUGAUGGGGGCUACUUCAUCAUUGCUGAUGUGUCUUUGAUGGAUGCAGACCUCUCUGACAUGGAGAACAACAAUGAACCUUAUGACUAUAAAUUUGUGAAAUGGAUGACUAAAAAUAAGAAACUGUCAGCCAUCCCAGUUUCAGCAUUCUGUAAUUCAGAGACCAAAUUACAGUUUGAGAAGUUUGUGCGAUUUUGUUUCAUUAAGAAAGACAGUACACUGGAUGCUGCUGAAGAAAUCUUCAAGGCAUGGAGUAGACAGAAGUCUUGAUAUGUGCAGACUGUGUUGUUUUCUCUUAGAUGACCUAUUAGUAUGCAAUUGUUAUUUAGUGCUGCCACCUGCUGGAUAGUGAAGAAUAAAUGUUUCUUUUUUUUUUUU